GUGUGUGUGUGUGUGUGUAGCUGAAGCCAGACACACUUAUCCACGUUUGGAAAGGAAACAAGGAGCAAUACCAGAGUGAGAUGGCAAACGUUACGUCGGCAGGGUUCCAGACCCUGCUGUCCACUCCCUGGUACCUGAACCGUAUCUCCUACGGCCAGGACUGGCAGGGCCAUUACAGGGCCGACCCGCAGGACUUCAAGGGAACUGAAGAACAAAAGAAGCUUGUGAUUGGUGGCGAAGCCUGUUUGUGGGGGGAGUACGUGGACGCCACCAACCUGACGCCCCGUCUCUGGCCUCGUGCCAGCGCCGUGGCAGAGCGUCUGUGGAGCGCCGCGGACGUGACGGACAUCAACGACGCCUUCAACAGACUGUCCGUGCACCGCUGUCGCAUGGUGGCGCGUGGGAUCCCAGCUCAGCCACUGUUCUCCAGCUACUGUCCCCGUGAGUACAAAGGCGUCUGAAGAAGACCGUAAAGCCGUGGGAACAGAAGAAUGGAAGAUAAUCCAUAAACAAUCGACGUAUAUCAAAGGAAUCGAACGCCAAACUGCCUUUUUUGUGCUACGAAGGCUCAAAAUCUGCUCCACAGAACUAUUGAUCAUCUAAUGUCAUAAACCUCUCGAAUUUAUGAAUGCACUUUUUUCAUGAAUGUUUGAUUGUGAAUAAAAUCUUGACAUUUUA